UGGUCUUUUCCUUCAUAAGAGAGAACAGACAGGGAGGAGGGCAGCAGUAGGGAAGCACUUAUACACAGACAGUGGAAGUGGAAGAAUGGAGCAGAUAUGGAUCUGCUUCACAUUGCUCUCUGCUAUCUGUAUUCAAGGUGCAUUUUCUGAAAGUGAAGAAGAGGAAUUGCUGAAUUAUCUAUUCGUUAAAAAGGGCUACAGAAAGGAUCUGAGACCAGUUGAAGAAAUAGAUAAACCAGUGGAUGUUUAUGUUGCUCUAAUGCUUUCGAACCUGAUCUCACUAAAAGAAGCCGAUGAAACUCUGAGUACCAAUGUAUGGGUUGAGCAGGUGUGGUAUGAUAGAAGACUGUCAUGGAAUGAGUCAGAGUUCUAUGAUAUUAAUAUUCUCCGGGUCCCUCCAGACAUGGUGUGGAAUCCACAACUCGUCCUGGAAAAUAACAACAACGGAAACUUUGAGGUGGCUUAUUACUGCAAUGUCCUGAUAGAAAGCAAUGGUCGUGUUUACUGGCUGCCACCUGCUAUUUAUCAAACCUCCUGUUCGAUCAAUGUGAACUACUUUCCAUUUGACUGGCAAAACUGCUCUCUUAAGUUUAGCUCUUUGAAUUACAAUGCCAAAGAGAUCAACCUGCAACUGAGGAAGGAUCCCGAAGGUGAAACAAACAGAGAAUACUACGUAGAAUGGAUCAUAAUUGACCCUGAGGGGUUCACAGAGAAUGGAGAGUGGGAAAUUGUCCAUAUUCCAGCAAAGAAGAACAUUGACAGAAGCGUAUCUCCAGAAAGCAACAAGUACCAGGACAUCACUUUCUACCUUCUUAUUGAGCGCAAACCACUCUUCUACAUAAUUAAUAUACUGGCUCCAUGUGUGCUCAUUGCACUAAUGGCCAAUCUGGUCUUUUACCUACCAGCUGACAGUGGUGAGAAGAUGACAUUGUCCAUUUCUGUGCUUUUGGCUCAAGCUGUCUUCCUGUUGCUGAUCUCGCAGCGCCUUCCUGAGACUUCCUUGGCCAUUCCACUCAUCAGCAAGUACCUCAUGUUUAUCAUGGUAUUGGUGACAAUAGUGGUAGUGAGUUGUGUCAUUGUCCUGAAUAUUCAUUUCAGAACGCCGAGCACGCAUAUCAUGUCAGAAAAGAUGAAAGAGGUUUUCUUAAACAAACUGCCCCGCAUCCUGCACAUGUCAAUGCCAGCAGAAUCUGAUCCUGAGCCAUGGAAUGGUGUUCUCCAGAGGCGCAGCAGUUCCGUGGGGUACAUUGUUAAAGCAGAGGAAUACUUCUGUGUCAAAUCACGAAGUGAACUUAUGUUUGAGAAGCAGUCAGAGAGACAUGGACUUACCAGCAGAGCCACUCCUGCACGUACGAAUCCAAUGAGAACAGACAAUUCACAGGACCAGCUUUUUGGAGAAAUAAAACCAGCUGUUGAUGGGGCAAACUUUAUUGUCAAACACAUGAGAGACAAAAAUGAUUACAGUGAGGAGAAAGAUAACUGGUAUCGCAUUGCUCGGACAGUGGACCGCUUGUGCCUUUUCGUUGUGACGCCAGUAAUGACCAUUGGGACUCUUUGGAUAUUUUUGGGAGGAGCGUAUAACAAGCCACCUCCAUAUCCAUUCCCUGGUGACCACUUUGAUUAUACUUUUGAGAACCGUAGAUUAAUAUAGAAUUAAGGGGCAGAUAAUGUAAGUAUGGAGCUCAGUGUCUGCUUACACAGUCUGCAAUAUGGACAAGGGAUUAUGGACAGUAUCGGCAAUGAGAUAAUGCACCCAAGUGAUAAUGGGAUUUACCAGUCUCUGGUUUUACUUUUUGUUUUGUCAGAAUAUAGUGUUUCUUCCAAAAAUAAAUUGUUGUACAUUGAAA